AUGUCCACAGUCGUUGGACCUGCAUCGGCCGUUCUUCUUAUUCCGACUCCCGGAUGGUUUCCAUUGGCCCAUUCCCUCGCGUUCAGCAACCUUUCCGACCGUUCACUUCCGGUAUUUUAUGAUUCGAUCCCGGAAAGAGUAUGGCCGCACACCUUUAAUGCAACACCAGACAUAUCAGAAUGCAAGACUAUAGAUGGAAUGUACGAAGCAUGGUGUCCGGCUGGUGGCUAUUCGGAAAUAUGGAAUUGGGCUGAAAGCUACAGCGCGACCGAUUUGAAGAACAACCUCAUCUUUCAAUUUCCCACGACAGAUGUGCGACGACAUUUGGUACACGUCCAAGCCGAUGGUAAAUACAAAACUGUCCUCUCAACCACCCCGUCCAACUUCUUCAUGAUGGGGCUCGGUCUCAUUCAGAAGUACAUUGAUGGCCACGAUGUUGGACUUGUACACAGUAGCUCCCGUUACGAACUCACGCCUCGGCUGGCUAACUACACGCACCCCAACGACCGAGAAUUGGACAGUUCAAUCUAUCAGCCCAUGGUGCAGUCUAAAUGCAGGGUUUACGAAAAACAAUACUUCACAGAGCCGGGUCAAAGCAUGACAUAUCCAACGGAGGCCAUGAACUGUUUUGGCGACAGAGACUGUGAGCAAGUUCGGGACACUCCACCGACUUUCAAUGAGAAGUUUCUAUUCACCGAAACCGAGGAGGAUGAGACGAUCUCCACUGCGUACACUAUAGAGGGUGGCAAAGUAAGCUCCGUGGUUCUCAUCGCCGGACAAGUUCCAAACACAGAUGAUCACACGAAGGACAUAGCCUACACCUGCAGCCUUCUAGCCACUUGGAUCCCCUCGAACUUUUCCUUGGACCCCGCAGUCAGCGAUGUUCUGUACUCUAGCCUGAGUAAUGCAAAGACACUUCGGUCAGUCUAUAACCAGACAUCGGUUGAAGAGGCCCGCGUCAUCAGGUUCAACCGCACCUGGCUUCCGUACCUAAAUCCUUCGUACGAGAUGACGACUGAAGGUGGCAUCAGCUUUAAUACCUCAGCCGUGCUCAGAAUUAUCGACCUCGUCAGCGGCUUAGGUUCCAGGGCCAGCAGUUCCAGGAAGUGGCCCAUCUAUGAUAGAAAGGCAGAAGACGCGGAGCUCUUCCUAUCUAAGGUAUUCGGUGUCUACCUUACUGAGGCUUUAGCACGCACGGGAAUGGCUAGGUCCAUGAUGAUGAUACAAGAGGGCGACGACGAAAAGAUGCAAGGCAUCGAUUUGAAUACACAGUACACUAACUCCGAUGGAAUGUUCAACGUCGAGCUGCUCCAUUCAAAUCAAACUCAAUGGAAUUUUGGCAGGGGUGUUGAUGUAAGGAACUACACCCUAACCGACUUGUACGACACGAUUCUCACUGGUUUUCUGAAUUUCGACUUCGACAUCAGAAGAUACGGUUACGGAAUGGGUCAUCAGCGGAAGACUGUUACCUUCGCACGGGUCAUGAUGUACAUCUACCUAGCAUCCGUUGUGCUCUACGCCCUCACAGUCGGUUUUGCGCAUGCUGUCGAGCUGACCGGUAGGGGAAGGAGGCUACGAGUCCUCAGUGUAGUGCCGUGGGCGGACCUACAAGACCUGAUCGUUCUUGCACUCAAGACGCCUCCUCCCAGAGAUGCCGACCUUGCAGACGCUGGAGCGGGGGUCAGCUCCCCUAGUGUGUGGAAGAAGACGGUGAAGGCUCGAGCAGAUGAGCAGCAUGAUGUGCAGCUCGUGCUAAACGACGAGCCAGGGAUGGAAAGGUUGGAUGUCACUGGGAAAGAGAAAUACUUUUGA